GUCAGUUCAGAUUCAGUGUCGCAGUUUAUCUACACUUCACAUCUCCAAGCUGAGAGAAGUUGCGAGGAGGACACGCGAGCACUUGCUUUAUUUUUACUAAAUUACUUUUUUUUUUGCACAUCCAUACAUUUUAAUAAUUUGUGGAUAACAUAGAUAAUCUUAACUGAAAGGCUGCAAGAGUGUGAAGUUGUCGAUCUAUGGAGCGCUACGCCGUACGUGUGGAUACACACCAGCGCGAAACUUAAGACAUCCUUCUAGCGUAUUUACCUGACAAUUGUGGCUCGCGCAUCAUGUCUACGAUCAGGCGAAAAUUCGGCGAAGACUAUCAGGUUGUUAACACCAACCGGGCAAUGUCCUUUUCUGCCCCGGCCAAAAGAAAGCGCCAGAGGUUCGUAGAGAAAAACGGGCGAUGCAAUGUCCAGCACGGUAACCUUGGCGGUGAGACCAGUAGGUACAUCUCCGACCUCUUCACCACGCUCGUGGACCUCAAGUGGCGCUGGAACCUGCUUAUUUUCCUUUUAACGUACACAGUCGCGUGGCUCAUCAUGGCAUCUAUGUGGUGGAUCAUCGCGUACAUCCGCGGGGACCUCGGCCACGGCCACGACGAAUCGUACACGCCGUGCGUCGCCAACGUUUACAACUUUCCCUCCGCUUUCCUGUUCUUCAUCGAGACUGAGGCGACUAUAGGCUACGGGUACCGAUACAUAACGGAGAAGUGCCCGGAGGGCAUCAUACUUUUCCUGUUCCAGUCGCUGCUGGGCUCGAUCGUGGACGCAUUUCUCAUCGGCUGUAUGUUCAUUAAGAUGUCCCAGCCCAAGAAACGCGCAGAGACCCUCAUGUUCAGCCAGGACGCGGUCAUCUCACAACGGGACGGGAAGCUCUGCCUCAUGUUUAGGGUCGGGAAUCUCAGGAAUAGCCACAUGGUGUCGGCGCAGAUCAGGUGCAAGCUCAUCAAGUCUCGUCAAACCCCUGAGGGAGAGUUUCUACCGCUGGAUCAGCGGGAAUUGGAUGUGGGAUUUGGAACGGGUGCUGACCAACUCUUUCUUGUCUCACCCCUCACAAUAUGUCAUGAGAUCAAUUCCAAUAGCCCCUUUUUCGACCUGUCUCAGCGGUCCCUCAUGAAUGAGCAGUUUGAGAUUGUCGUCAUCCUGGAAGGCAUUGUGGAAACUACAGGUUAG